CCCGGAUUUUGUUUAGUGGGAGCGGGUCAGGUCGGUCUAAAAUAUCAUCCCGUCUUCUGAUUAUGAAACUCUCAACAGCGAUCGAUCAUCUCCGCCAUGGCUACCAAGCUUGUGAUGAGGCGUCACCAAACGCUAAUCAACCUCUUCCAGACUCGACUUCACCGUAUGGGAAACGCUAUAUCUACUCACUCUCCUCCAUUCGAGAGAUGCCAGUCCCUCCUUCAGUCGCGGCGUUAUUCAGAAACUUCUCAGGAAACGACAUUCGAUCCUUCAUCGGCCUCAUCCAAUGCUAGAUCUGUUUCCAGCUCUCUCAAUGAAUCUGAACUUGCCAAGUUCUCCGCCAUUGCCGAAACCUGGUGGGACUCGGAAGGGCCAUUUAAGCCACUGCAUAAGAUGAAUCCCACAAGACUUGCUUUCAUCAGGUCCACACUUUGUCGCCAUUUCGGGAAGGAUCCUUAUUCUCCCAAACCUUUUGAAGGACUCAAGUUUGUGGAUGUUGGGUGUGGAGGUGGGAUUUUAUCUGAGCCUCUUGCUCGAAUGGGGGCUACUGUAAUGGGAAUUGAUGCUGUUGAUAAGAACAUCAAGAUUGCACGCCUCCAUGCGGAUCUGGAUCCAACAACUUCAUCAAUUGACUAUCGUUGCACAACCGCUGAAAAUUUGGUGGAAGAACAGAGGCAGUUUGAUGCUGUAAUUGCUCUAGAGGUGAUAGAACAUGUAGCUGAUCCUGCUGACUUCUGCAAAUCCUUAUCAGAGUUGACAGUUGAUAAUGGUGCUACAGUGAUAUCAACAAUUAAUCGUUCAAUGAGGGCUUAUGCAACUGCCAUCGUUGCAGCCGAGUAUAUCUUACAUUGGCUUCCUAAAGGUACUCAUCAGUGGUCAAGCUUUCUUACACCAGAAGAACUGGUUCUUAUUCUUCAGCGCUGCUCUAUUUCGGUCCAAGAGAUGGGUGGCUUUACGUACAACCCUCUAAAGGAGCGUUGGUCAAUAUCGGAUGAUAUUGGCGUGAAUUUUAUCGCGUGUGGCACCAAAAACCCUCUCGAAAAUAUAGAGAAGAAAAUCCAAAUUGUGUAGUUGAAACUGUGAGAGGGAAAAGUAACCUUAUUUAGUGAGGUAUAUAAUGAUGAUUUUGCAGGAUUGGUUGAAACCUCUUGUGGUGUUCAUCUUGUGUGUUACUCUCAUCCUGGAUGUUGUUCCUGUGAUUUUUUUAUAUGAAAAUUUCAUCGUAUUAUUUUGUUGAACCAAAGCCAAGCUUAUACCUAUAUUAAUUUUCGAUCAUAUUUUAUGUUAAAUUGAGAACUAAAAAUGUAAUUGUACAUUGAAUUUAAAUCUGGCUAUGUAUUUUGAUGUCUUAUUUAUUAACAACGCUAUAACAACAAUGG